UGUUAUAUUGAAGUAAUAACUCUCGUCCUAAUAGUGGCUAUGUUAAUACAUAUGCAAAUAGUUGGGAAAGUGGUCUGGAUUCAAAUCCAUAACAAUGGACAUGACACAGCCGAACACGACUACCUGGUAUCCUCACAAUCGGACACUGACAUCUGGCUCGCAAAUCUGCAAAACAGGCCCGAGACUGAAACUAAAGCAAGGGGGGCAGUACCAAAGGAUAAGAAGAUACCCGUACGGUUAGAAACACAGACUCGGAAUGACUGGUUACAAAAAUUCCGCCUAGAUACCCCAUCAUUACCAAUAACCAACAAAGUAGGCCCAAGUAACGACCAAGGUGAUAAUAUCAGCGAUUUGUCACAAAAUAGGUUCCCUAACCUUUCGAAUGACAUUAAGGAGCAUAAAGGUAGUAUUUCAAAGAAACCAUUGUCUAACACGAAAGUAAUCAAACACAAAUACAAGACAAUAGUUGUGUUAAAUAGGCAUAUGUGGUUUCUCCGCGGUGCCAAUCCGGGACACGGUUACUUUAGUCGUUGUGAAUAUAAAAUGUGCGAAUUGUCGUUUGAUGAAAAAGAGAUCAAAUCCAGCGCCGCUAUAAUGUUUUACGGAGUAAGUUAUCCGCCGAAACCGCCGCCAGCACGGAAUAAUCCAGACCAAGUGUGGAUUCUUGCUGCAUGGGAAUCGCCAAUUUACAUGUAUGGUGCUUCCUGGGAAAACGAAGUUUGGACAAAUAAAAUAAAUUGGACUAUGACGUAUCGGAUAGACUCUGACAUACCUACACCUGGUGGAGAAGUGGUGGAGGAUAAACGUAAAAUACGGAAUUAUGAUGUCAUAAUGAAGAAGAAAACUAAAUUAAUUGCAUGGGUAGUUAGUCAUUGCAGAACCCAAAGUAAAAGGGAAGCUUAUGUCAAACACCUGGAAAAAGUUGUGCCUGUUGAUAUUUUUGGUAGAUGUGGAACGUCUAAACCUACUGAUGUAUUUGGACUUUUAAACACAACGUACAAAUUCUAUUUGUCAUUCGAAAAUUCCCUUUGUAAGGAUUAUAUUACCGAGAAACUAUUCGAUCGUCAAAAUCUAGAUAUCGUGCCCAUAGUGCGUGGAAUUGGGAAUUACACUCAGUUUUAUCCAAAAGCAUCUUACAUAGAUACGAGAGAUUUUAAAUCAGUUGAAGAGCUCGGUAAAUAUUUGCAGUAUUUAGACAGAAACAAUACUGCUUAUGUACAAUACUUGAAAGCGAAGGAACAUCUUUACACACGCAGUAUGUAUUCGGUAAGACAGAAGGGUUAUUGCACUAUGUGUAAAAAGCUUCACAAUUUAGAUCAAAAUAGACACAGUUAUCCAGACAUAAAUCAGUGGCUACUCAAAGAUAAAUGUGUGAAGCCUACAGAUAUUUAAGCACUUUUCUAACAUUCCAGGGGACUAACCGUAACUUGUUUGCAUAAUUUGAGACCAACAUUGAUGAAACCAAUAGACAAAACUAAUAUCACUGUGUAUAUAAUGUUUAAUUAUAUGUGGCUGUUCCCCCUACAUUCCAUGACUCUAAAUCAAUCUGGUUUUCAUAAUUUCAGAUCAGUAUUGAUGAAGCAGUUUUAUGAAAAAUGAAAACAUGAUUACCGUGUUUAUAGUGGGCAAUAAGGUGGGAAUUUCCCUCAUCAUGUAUAUAAUAAUAAAUUGUUACUUUUUGUACUUUUUUUGUGUGUAUUAAUUUAGGUGUUCCCCUGUGUUAGACACCCUAUUAUUACAUUGCAAUGCCCUUUUAUGUUUGAUCAUAAUAAAGAUGAUAAUGAAAUGCAUAUCAAUAUUUUCCAUUUAUGCACUCAGGUGAUAUAGUACGUACACAUGAGCUGUAUUUCCAAUUAUACGCUGACGAUACUAAUUCAAACCCUAUGUUGACAAUCAUUUCAUAUUAAUUUUCUAAAUCAUAACAGUGCAUCGAUGACAUUAAACUUUGGAUGACUUCAGAUUUUCUUAAGAUAAAACUGAAUAUCUAUGAAUUGGUUCUAAAAAAUGUGCUUAGUAAAUUCGACUCCGAUCCUUCAAUUCGUGUAUGUAAGCUGUGAUAUCCCCCAUCAUAAACAUAGGCGCCUUCUUUGACUCACAUUUUAUUAUGGAAAAUCAUGUAAAUAAUAUUUUGUAAGAAUUGCCAUUAUAAUGUAAAUGUAAAUAUUUAUCUGUAAUUUCAAAUGGUCUACCGGUUAAGCUACAUUCAAACCUGCGGGUUAUCACGAGUAAAUAACUCCAAUUCUUUAUAGUCCUCAUUGGCCUCCUGUAUCAUUCAGAAUUGAUUUUAAAAUAUUGUUAAUCACAUACGAAUGUUUUAAUGGUUUAGCCACUCCAUGUUUGUCCAAAUUAAUACAAAUAUCUCUUCUAGUGGUGAUUUACUCUUAGUACAACAGGGCCUUUUUAUUUUAUGCACCGUUAUUUUCGGAAAGAUUACCUUUGUUUUAUUCGGAAAUCACCUUCUGUUAUUACAUUAAAAUCACAUUUGAAAAAUUUAUUCAA